AUGUCGAUGAAUUUUGAAGUGCUACUAGGAAUUGUCGUCUAUGUUCGAGGCAUUCGUGGGAGACACAAUCUGCAAAGCACUAUAAAACAAUUUGAAGAAGACACUAUUACAGUGUAUGACAAUACUUCAAUGGCAGCUCAAAAAAUCAAUCAGAUAAAAAGAUGUCCAAAUUAUGCGAAACCCCGACUUGGAAUACAUCAUUGGAAUCAAUCAGCAUUUAAGGCACCACAUAACGCUGUGGACCGUUGUGGCGAAGACCAAAAGUAA